CCCAAUUCAUAAAACCCUAAUUAAAUUUUCAUAACUUUCCUAUUUAGAUUUGAUCUUAUACUUUUCUGUUUGGGGAAUUAAAACUGAAAAUCAUAAAUACAUUUUCAUUUAUCCCCCAUUUUCCCUCUCUCUCUAGUUUCUCGAUCUCCGACGUUGAAUAAUUUUGGGGGAGAGAAAAUAAAAUACUUUCGUAGAAAUUAAUCAGAUCUAAUAAAAGUGUAAGAUUUUACGGCGUAAGACGGAUUUACAAAUUUUUGUAGUAGAGGAAUAACUGAUAAUCUGUAGUUGAAUAGAGUAUAAAAUUGUUGGAGAAAUGAAGAACUUCGAGAAAUUAGCGAAUCUCGCUCUUGCAGGAUUGUCUUUGGCACCACUUGUUGUGAAUGUGAAUCCAAAUGUGAACGUAGUAUUAACAGCUUGUCUUGCUGUAUAUGUUGGGUGUUAUCGGUCAGUUAAGCCAACACCACCAACUGAGACCAUGUCCAAUGAACAUGCUAUGAGAUUCCCAUUGGUUGGCAGUGCAAUGUUGUUAUCUCUGUUUUUGCUGUUCAAGUUCUUUUCGAAGGACUUGGUCAAUGCCUGUCUGACAUGUUAUUUCUUUCUUCUUGGAAUAUUAGCCUUCUCUGCAACACUGCUACCUGCAAUAAAGCGUUUUCUGCCAAAGCACUGGAAUGAAAAUGUCAUUGAAUGGCGCUUUCCUUAUUUCCGUUCUUUGGAGUUCGAAUUCACAAGGUCUCAGGUUGUUGCUGCAAUUCCUGGAUUCUUCUUUUGUGUUUGGUAUGCUGCAAAGAAGCAUUGGCUUGCCAACAAUAUCUUGGGAUUGGCCUUCUGCAUCCAGGGAAUUGAAAUGCUUUCACUUGGUUCUUUCAAGACUGGUGCCAUUCUCUUGGGUGGACUUUUUUUGUAUGAUAUCUUUUGGGUCUUCUUUACUCCGGUAAUGGUUAGUGUAGCCAAGUCCUUUGAUGCACCUAUAAAGCUUUUAUUUCCCACAGGAGAUGCAGCAAGACCAUUUUCUAUGCUGGGACUAGGAGAUAUUGUUAUCCCUGGCAUCUUUGUGGCAUUGGCAUUGCGAUUUGAUGUUUCCAGAGGGAAAGAUAGCCAAUACUUCAAGAGUGCUUUCUUUGGAUACACUGUUGGCCUGGUCCUUACAAUUGUUGUGAUGAAUUGGUUUCAAGCUGCACAGCCUGCACUCCUUUACAUUGUACCAGCCGUCAUUGGCUUCUUGGCAGUGCACGUAGUGUGCAAUGGUGACACCAAACCGUUGAUGGAAUUCGACGAAUCAAAGAUGGCGGCGGAUAUUGCUGCUAAAGACCAGGAUAAGGCAAACUCCCCAUCUAGUAAGAAAGAGGAAUAGGAGUCUUGACUGAAAAACACCUAGGUUGCAGCUCCGAACAUAUGUUUCUUCCGGUGCUGAAAUUUCUCGAAAUUUCGGGCCAUUUCUAAGUUAUGUGCCUUCACACAGUACCCUUGUAAAAGAUAUUGUUAUAAUUGUGGAUACACCAUAUUAUCAACAGCCCUCAUGAUAGAAACAAAUCUCUUUUUACUUGUGCAUUACAUAAUUUUCUGAUCAA